AUGAAGAGGAGUAAUCAGAGCAGCGCCACCGAGUUCCUCCUUCUGGGACUCCCCAUCAGGCCAGAGAAACAAGGCUUAUUCUACAUCCUGUUCCUGGGCAUGUACCUGACCACGGUGCUGGGGAACCUGCUCAUCAUCCUGCUCAUCAGGCUGGACUCGCGCCUCCACACCCCCAUGUACUUCUUCCUCAGCCACUUGGCCUUCUCUGACAUCUCUUUCUCAUCAGUCACAGCCCCAAAGAUGCUUUUUAAUAUGCAGACGCACCAUCAAUCCAUCUCAUAUGCUGGCUGCAUUGCCCAGGCGUAUUUUUUCUUAAUACUUGGGUGUCUGGACAGCCUUCUUCUCACCUCUAUGGCCUAUGACAGGUACGUGGCCAUCUGCCACCCCCUCCACUACAUCACCAUCAUGAGUCAGAGCCUGUGUGCCUUGCUAGUAAUUGUGUCUUGGGUCCUAUCUUAUGCCAGUGCCCUUUUGCACACCCUCCUCCUGGCCCGUCUUUCCUUCUGUGGAGACAACAUUAUCCCCCAUUUCUUCUGUGACCUCUCUGCUUUACUCAAGCUGUCCAGCUCAGACACCACAGUCAACGAGAUGGUCAUCUUCACUGAAGGGGUGGUGAGCAUCACCCUGCCGUUCAUCUGCAUUCUGGUCUCCUAUGUCCGCAUUGGGGCCACCAUCCUGAGGGUCCCCUCUACCAAGGGGAUCUGCAAAGCCUUGUCCACAUGUGGCUCCCACCUGUCUGUGGUGUCUCUGUACUAUGGGACAAUCAUUGCACUCUACUUUUUCCCUUCAUCCAGUAAUUCCAAUGACAAUAAUGUCAUUGUCUCUGUAAUGUACUCUCUGGUCACACCCAUGCUAAAUCCUUUCAUCUACUGUCUGAGGAAUAAGGACAUGAAAGGAGCUCUUGGAAAUACAGUCAGUAGAAUAUUUUUACCACGAUGA